AUGAAACUCUCAAACUUUUUCAAGAUCCGAAGAAAUCAUUAUGAAGGCGAUGACAACGGGAAAUUUCAUAACGAUCUUCAAACAAGACAUCGAGCGAAGUUUUUAACGAAAAUAUCUUUUCACAUCAACAUUGUUGAUAACCGCGAUUUUUCUACUGCUUCAUAUGUCACACAAACAACAGCAGUCGAUGAGUUGAUGUUGUUCAAGCCACAAAUGAAUCUGAUAAAAGCGUAA